UAUUUGAAAAAUAACGACUGAGUUCAAACCUUAUCUAGGGCAAAAUUUUGACAACAUCAUCAAAUUUCAAGGGGGAUUUCUUUCACUUUGGGCCAGACCGUGAAAUACAAGCCGGAACCUGUUCGGUAACGUGAGCAAAAUUCCGAGUAGAUUAUUCCCCGUUGAGUUCAGAAAUGGAUAAAAUAAUAUGAUCGCCAUAAUAUUUCAAGUCGCUCACGAACUGUCAUCUCGUCCCAGUCUGAAGUUGGCACUCGGCCAAGUGGAAAACUCUUUGAAAAAAGUCCAAAAAGUGGGACAAAGAAAGGCAUCAGGGGCUCAGGAAGUUAUCUUUUUAUUUAGCUUUGCUUUUUUGCCAGAGGCCCUACUUAGGAAUCCAUUUUAAACGAGGUAAAUCAUUGAGGUAGGCACAACAAAAACCUUGAAAUAAAGAACAGUUUUGAAUCGUCAACAUUUCCUGUUUAUUGGAAAGUAAAUUGACUUUCCAAUUUCUUGGGUCAUAGGUUGACAUUAUGCUCUCCAUGAAAUUAGCCGAAGCACAUUUUUUCGACAGUGAGGAAGUUGCAGAUCUGCAAAAUGAAAGUGGGCAUGGAUCACCAAACAAAAGCCACACCUUUGGAUGAAGAGGUGAAGAAGUAUUUGAUUCGCGAUGAACACCAAGGGCCCUCAAAUGAGAAACGACCCUACAAAAUUGUUUACGAUGACAUUGUCGGACGACAUAUGGUUGCUGCUCGAGACAUCAAGCCGGGCGAAAUCAUCUUCAAGGAGUCUCCAAUCACAUUUGGUCCCACGGAUGCCACCAAACCGAUCUGCCUGGGUUGCUACAAACGGAUCAAAAGCCAUGGUCUGACCUGUGACCGUUGCCAUUUCCCAAUGUGUUCUCGCCAAUGUCAAGACAUUCCCGAGCAUGCCGAAUACGAGUGCCAAGUCUUCCAAGAACGAGGAUUUCGGGUCCGAUCUCAGGAGAUCAAGUUCGAUGAUGAAACGCCUAUUUAUGGGAUUGUCUCGGUCAUCCGUGGAUUGCUCUUGAGAAAGAAGCACCCGGAGAAAUGGGACCUGCUCUGGAGUCACAUGUCACAUCACGAGAAGAGGAAACGUUCGCAUUAUUGGAGACAAAAGACGAACGUCAUUAUUGAUCAUGUGAAGGCAGCCAUGAUUUUGGAAGAGAAGGAUGUGGAAACCUUGGAAAUCAUCCUGGGGAUUUUUCUGGUGAACACAUUUGAGGUGUCGAUCGAGGAUCGAAGUGUGGAAGUCGAAACAGCUCCAGAGGCCUCCAUUCAGGCCCUGUUUGGCUUGGCCUCCAUGCCCAGUCAUUCAUGUGUGGCUAAUUGCACCCAUGAUUUUUCUUCAAGAAAGUCCGGCUACGUUAUGACGAUGAGAUCCCUGACUCACAUCAAUAAGGGUGAGGACAUCACCCAUUCCUACACUGAGCCCUUUGAUCCCCUCCUUCAAAGGCAAGCACUGCUUCAGGUUGGAAAGUUCUUCAGCUGCCAAUGCCCGCGGUGUUCCGAUCCCACUGAACUAGGAACAUAUGCGAGUGCCCUUAAAUGCAGAAAAUGUGGCAAAGGCAAUGUGAUAAGCAGCGAUGUUCACGAAAUCGAGGCCAAGUGGGUGUGUGAGAACCAGGAUUGUCCACAGGAAAUGGGCACAAUCCAAAUUCGAAACAUUUACCAAGCCGCCAAAGGUCAAGCAGAGAGUUUGGAUCCGUCAGAAUCCAAUCCCAGUGGAGCCACCAUCCCAAAAUUUGAGGCCUUUAUUAAGAAGUACGCCAACAUUCUUCACCCGAACCAUGUCAUUCUGACCGACCGAAAAUACGUUUUGGCCAAAAUGUACGGCCGUAUGACCGGGUAUGAGGCACAUCAGCUGACUGACGAACAAUUCAAGCGUAAACGGGAUCUUUGUCGAGAGGUUCUUCAAGUCUUGGAUCAAAUCAUGCCUGGACGGACACGAAAACGAGGGAUGAUGAUGUACGAGCUGCACUUGCCUUUGGUGAUGCUGGCCAACAGAGCGUUGGAACGUGGUCCAAAUCCAGGAACUGAUCCAAAGGAGAUAAAAAAGAACCUGAAGGAUGGACUGUCGUAUUUACGAAAAGGAUUGGAGAUCUUGUCAGAUGAGCCUGCAGGAACUUUUGAGCAAAAAAUUGUGGAAGGUUCCAAGGAGAGCUUGGUCCAAUUGGAGCAGUGGGUUACCACAGUGUGUACCAAUCUGAAAUAGUUGCUUCUUAUUUCCAAAUAUACUUGAACACUCAUUUGAUUUUUA